AACGCGCCUGCAGGCGAAAACGAACUGCGAAAACGGACUCUGAUUUUGACUUCACUGGUCCCAUGAAAAAAACUCUCCGAUCCAGAGGUGCUACUAAUAAAAUGAAACCUUCUAACGGCUCAUCCAGUUCGAAGUGCAAAUCGAGGAGAUCCAUUUUUAAAACUAAUCCUACCAAGCUUGCUCCCCCGCGAGCUUUUGUUCGCCUUGAAUCGCGCAUUCAGCACAAGGGUAAAUGGCUUCAAACCGGAGACAUAGUUUCGGUUACGGAUGUCGAGGGCGGGGAGUAUUACGCCCAGAUCCGAAGUAUUAUAGUUGAUAACUCCGAAGAUGCCUCAGUCGUGCUAACCUGGCUCAUUCCAACCUUUGAAGCAAGAAAGGGAGAGUUCGACCCGGCAAAAUACGUCAUAGGAAUGGAGGAGGACCUCCCUCGAAGCAUCGAUUGCGUGAAUUUCCUAUGUCACUGUCCGUCGGAUUAUUUUAGACCAACUGAUUCCCCCUACACAUUACAAUCCUAA